CAUUCUUCGGAAAAAAGCCCAACAGUUCGGACGCAAAAUAAAAUCGCUGCGGCUUUUUGUGAAUUUUGAUUUUGCACGCGCUCAAAUAAAUCGAAGAAAUUGAAAUUGAUUUCCAUUGAAUUUCUAUUAAAUUGCAUUGGAAAAAGCAAUCGGGUGUCAAAAACAAAUUGAUUUAUGUGUAAGUGUGUGAAAGUGUGCUUAUGAGUGCGUGAAAAAAUGCAAUAAUCAAAAAGAAAAAAAAUAUAGAAAAACAUCAACAAUGCCAAUUUAAAACAGACAGAAAACGAAAAUAGGGAAAAAUAGGUACUACAAAGAUAAUAAAAGUAUAAAUAAAAAUUUCCUAUUUGAGCGAUAGAUAUGCAAAAAACAACAGCAAAAAUGCAGCAGGCAACGGAUCUUGACUUUGAUUUUCAGAUGCCGUGUCGCUAUUUCAAAAGUUCUUUUGCGCGUUCGCUUUCGCUGAAUAACAACAACAAUGGGAACAGUAGCAACAACAAUUCCUUGACAUUGCCCAAGAAACCGGCGACAAACGAGGCCAAACCACAACAAAAGCAACAACUGGAGAAUCAGGAAUCGCUAGAGAGAGACAGCGAACAGGAUUCCCCCUGCGCAACCCCGCCUCCCGCUCUUCCAGCACGACGCCACACCGCCAAUUUGAUACACUUUGGCGCCGCUAAUCAGCUGCUCUCCCCACCGCCACCCAACCACCCCCCUCCGCACCUCCCGCCACUCCCCCCUCAGCAUCAACAACCACCACUAUCCGCCAGGAAUCUCAAUCUUGUCUGGCCAAUGCAACCGACACAUCAGCCAGCACACCAGCAGGAUGCCAACAUCAUGGCCGCACCCAGCCACCACAUCCAGAGCCACAUCUAUGACUUGCCACAGCAAUUGCAGCCACAUCAGCACCACUACCAGCAGCAACAACAACAGCAACAUCAGCACCACCAGCAACAACAUCAACUAAAUGUCGAGGCUGUCAUAUUGCAGAAUCAGGUGGAUACAUUGCAUUGGCAAUUGAAACAGACCGAAACCAAUUGCGAGAUGUACCGAGCGGUGAUGGAGGAAGUGGCCCGCUUCUUUGAGCGCUACCAGUUGCAGCAACAACUCCAGCAAACCCAUCGCAAUGGCGAGCAGAUCGCCCGCUCCAAAAGCUUGCAUCAUGUCCACGGAGUGGGCAACACCUCGCUGCAGAGUGAUCCCCGAGAUGAUGACGCCUCGAGUGCCGGAUCCGCUUCAUAUCUACGAGCCCGGAGCAGUACCAAUUUGGUAUUGAAUAAGUCAAUGCAUGCCAUGAAUGAAGAGCAUAAUUACGAGACGAUUGCACCAGCUGGAAGCUAUAAUGCCUUUAAGGAUUUUACAUGGCGUCGCUCACCGAAGAAAUCCGGAGGCAGUGGCGGCUGCAAGGCACGCCUAUCUUCGCCGGAGGCCAACGAGGAAAAACUGAAUCAAGAGGCUUUCCGUUUGGCCAGAACCAUCAGGAAUUUGCUGCACACCUCGGAGCAGCAGCCGGAUCUCACGCAGCCGCGUCACUCGCUGGCCUCCAUUUCAUCGCUGCCUUCGGGAAAUCAUCGUCUGUGCAAGGGAAAAACCAGUUCGGUGAUGACGCUGUUGACGCCACCGUUGCACAAUUCCACCAGCAUCAUGAAUGCCACACUGGAGGCUCCAUCGCCGGCUGCGAAAUCCAAUGCGGAACUGAUCUUUCUGCGGGCCAACAACAUGAGGGACUCGAGGCUCUCGCUGCGCAGCUCCACCGACAGCUCCGUGCAUUCCACCAUCUCCUCGACGGCAUCCUCUUCCUCGAAAGUAGAAACGGAUGAGGAGACGCAGAGUACUAACAACCACAAUAAUACGACAACCACCGCCAGCAACACAGCCAUCAGCAAUAGCAAUUUAAAACCCACCAGCAAUAAGCAGAGCGGUUCCAGCACCGAAGAUGAGAGCGGUUUCAGUUCGAUUAGCUCCUUUCACGACGUGGGCUUGCCUUUGAGUUCCACAGUGAUGAAUGGGAACCAGCGACGCCUUUCCAUGUCCUCGGAAAGCAGAAACUCCACCCUAAAGUCGGGCUUAAAUAUGGUGGGACUGCCCGUGCAAACCCAGACUCAAAUUCAAGUCCAGGUCCAAGCUCAGAUUUCCACCAGUCAAUCGCCCUCGAAAACCUAUCGCAAUGCGAAUCGCUAUCAGCGCUUCUCCACUUUAUCAAAUGAGGAUGCAGCCGCUGUUUUGUGGGUCUAGACAAGUGGAUAUCCUAUUUUCAAAACCACGUUGAAAAGAUAUUAAGAUCUUAUUCUAAACUUAUAAAGAAGCUACUCGAAAAUGGUUUUGAAAACGGACUUAAAACCUUUAUUUAAUUUUGUAUACCCCCGUAGUUUCUUAGUUUUGUUUUUCUCUAGUGCCUCCGCUUAGUGUUUAGUUUAUCACUUUUAAAGAGUGUAUUAUUUUUAAUUUUUUACGUUAUCAUUUUAUUUUUUAAGAACCAAGCGCGCAUUUUUAUGUUAACAAUAUGUACAUUUCAAUUGUCUUAAGUUUUGCAGUAUUUAUAAAUAA